AUGGGCAACGCCAGCGGCAGGGCGGACGACACCGCCGACGCCGACAUGGACGAGGGCUUCCGCGCCGGCAACCAUGUGCGCGGCACCUCCUCCGUGGGCUACGUACGAGGCGGCGGGUCCCCGCCGGGGAGCCCCCCGAGGCCGCAUUCGCCGCGCAUGUUCGUGCCCCAGAGUCCUGUAACUCCACUGCAAAGGGCUGCAGAAGUACCUCCUCCUGUGUUCAACCAAAUAUUGAUGAAUCAACAGCAGGACGAUUCUGAUGGACCGCCUCAAAAGAAAAUUCCUACCUUGCUCACGUGGACACUUGGAGGGAGGAACAUCUACGUAGAAGGAUCAUGGGAUAACUGGACAUCAAAGAAACCCGUCGAAAAGUCUGGAAAAGAUCACACCAUUCUGUUGAUGCUUUCAUCCGGAGUUCACCGUUACAGAUUCAUUGUAGAUGGAGAAAGAAGAUUUAUACCUGAUCUUCCCUGCGAAACUGACAACAUGGGUCAGGUUGUGAACCUUGUAGAUGUCCAUGACUUCAUUCCUGAAAGCGUGGAAAGUGUAUCUGAGCUCAUGGCUCCGCCCUCCCCGGACUCCAGCUACGGUUUCCAUGUUCCCGGUGAAAAGGAGUUCGCAAAGGAGCCUCCUCAGCUGCCGGCCCAGCUCUAUCUCGGCGUGCUGAAUUCACGGAGCUCUGAAGAAGGCUGCGCGAGGCCGAGGCACGUCGUCCUCGACCACCUCUACAUCGAGAAGGGCUGGGGCUCGCAGCCGCUGGUCGCUCUCGGCUACACUCACAGGUUCCGCUCCAAGUACGUGACCUGCGUCCUGUACAAAGCCAUCGAGCGAUAACCUCGACAAAUGCAGCCUCAUCCCUACCCUGAGCCAGCAACUAGCUAGCGAUGAUGAACUUGGUAACUCAUUCAGGUUUAGAAGUCUUCUCUGCUCAAUUUGUUUAUCCGAUGACCUAAACAGGUCGGU